AUGCUGUUCUGCCAUCCCCAGCCUGAGUCCUACCACCAGCACUCUGCUAGUUACAUUAGAGAGGCGUUGGCACCUUUCUUAAAGAACGAAGAAGCUCGGCUCAUGGCUGAAAAUGGUGCCAAAAGGACCCCGUUCCAGUACAUUCUGUGCGCAGCCACUUCACCGGCUGUGAAGCUGCAAGAGGAAGCGCUCACUUAUCUCAACCAAGGUCAGUCCUACGAAAUCCGUAUGCUUAACAGAAAACUAGUGGAGUAUACAGAUAUAAGCAGCAAAUAUGUGAAGAGCAUUGUGCGCGUGGUUUUCCAUGACCGUCGACUGCAGUACAUGGAGCACCAGCAGCUGGAGGGAUGGAGGUGGAACAGACCUGGAGAUCGAAUCCUGGACAUAGAUAUCCCUCUGUCAGUGGGGAUCCUGGAGCCUCGUUCAGACCCUCUGCACCUCAACACCAUCGAAUUCCUCUGGGAUCCCCUGAAGAACGCUUCUGUUUUCAUCCAGGUCAACUGCAUCAGCACCGAGUUCACCCCCCGGAAGCACGGCGGGGAGAAAGGGGUGCCCUUCCGAAUCCAGGUGGACACUUACACCACCAAUGAACACGGAGAAUACGUCGAGCAUGUCCACUCAUCCAGCUGCCAGGUCAAAGUCUUUAAGCCUAAAGGAGCUGAUCGCAAACUGAAGACAGAUCGGGAAAAGAUUGAUAAAAAGACCCCUCAAGAUAGAGAAAAGUAUCAGCCAUCCCAUGACACUACCCUGCUGAAAGAGUGCUCACCGUGGCCCGAUGCCUUAAAUCUAACCAGCCACAGCACCAGCAGCACACCUUCACCAAUUUACCACAGCUCACCAACCUCCUGCACUUUCACUGAGGGCAACUGUUCUCCAAACCAGCAGGGGGAGCUGUUCAUGCCUGGCUGCUCUGAUCACCUUCUGCCGUCGUCCUCGCCGCAGGACACUCAGCAGUGGCUGCACCGUCACAGGUUCUCGCCUUUCUCAAGGCUCUUCACCAGCUUCUCAGGUGCUGAUCUCCUGAGGAUGACCAGAGAGGAUCUGAUCCAGAUCUGUGGGCCAGCAGAUGGCAUCCGCCUCUUUAACACGAUGAAGGGAAGGUGUGUACAGCCCCGUCUUACCAUCUAUGUGUGUCAGCAGCAGGCCAGAAAUCAACCUCCCAUCAAACCAGGCUGUGGAGAAAUCUACCACGCUCUGUACCUGGAAGAGCUGACACUGCUGGACCUGUCUGAAAAGAUCGCUACACUGUACAACAUCACUCCACAACAGAUCACACAAAUCUACAGACAGAAACCCACCGGGAUCCACAUCUUAGUCUCAGAUGAGAUGGUGCAGAACCUCAGGGAAGAAACCAGUUUCAUCAUCAGCACCAUACGAGAUGAAAACACUGAUGGUUACCACGUUGUGUUAAAAUGAUCUCCGGGACGUGCCUCAGUGGAGUUGUACAGAUUGUAAAUAUGUUUUACUAGACACUGUAAUGAUAAUAAUAUUAAU